AAAGAAGCGGAAGUUUGAUUCCUUCUUUGGAUUUUCUUUUCCGUAUUUUGGGGUCAAGAAAACGGGGGCGGAGUCUGAGGAGUUUAAUUCAAGUACAUCCUUUCUCUUUUUUUUUUUUUUUUGUGGUUGACAGCUCACCGGUCCACGUGCGUGUAGAUGUGCGACAGCGGACUGUGCGAGGACAAGCCCCCCGCCCCCCCUGUCAGGAUGAGUAGCCAAGGAGGAGGAGCCAAAGACACCCAGGUGACCAACCACAGCUCUCGGCCGCUUCCGUCCGUGCCGGAGGAGCGCAAGUCCAGAAACAAGAUCAUCUCCAUGUUUGCCUCGGAGAAGGGAGGUCGGAAAAAGGACCGAGACAAGGACAGGCCAGAGAUCUCCUCCCCGUCUGACUUUGAACACACCAUCCAUGUGGGCUUUGACGCAGUCACUGGAGAGUUCACUGGCAUGCCGGAGCAAUGGGCCCGUCUCCUCCAAACCUCCAACAUCAGCAAAUCUGAACAAAAACAGAAUCCCCAGGCGGUCCUGGACAUCCUCAAGUUCUACGACUCCACCAGUGGGAAGCAGAAGUACCUUAGCUUUUCAGCCUCGGAUAAAGAUUCGCCGUCGGGUAAGCAGGCCACGGCCGCCUCCUCGCAGCACGCCAAAGACGGUGACGACGACGACGACGACGACGCGCCACCGCCCGUCGUGGCGCCCAGGCCCGAACACACCAAGUCGGUUUACACGCGGUCGGUGAUUGACCCUCUCCCGCCUCCGGAGGGCGACGUGGCCUCCAAGGCGGCCGACAGGCAGAAAAAGAAAGGAGGCAAGAUGACAGACGAGGAGAUCAUGGAGAAACUCAGAACUAUUGUUAGCAUCGGGGAUCCCAAGAAGAAAUACACCCGAUAUGAGAAGAUCGGACAAGGGGCAUCCGGAACCGUUUACACGGCCAUAGAUGUUGCCACGGGACAGGAGGUGGCCAUCAAGCAGAUAAACUUGCAGAAGCAGCCCAAGAAAGAACUCAUCAUCAACGAGAUCCUGGUCAUGAAGGAAAUGAAGAAUCCCAACAUUGUCAACUUUGUAGAUAGUUUCCUGGUGGGCGAGGAGCUGUUUGUGGUGAUGGAGUACCUGGCAGGCGGCUCCCUGACAGACGUGGUGACGGAGACGUGCAUGGACGAGGCCCAGAUCGCGGCCGUGUGCAGAGAGGUCCUCCAGGCUCUGGAGUUCCUUCACGCCAAUCAGGUCAUCCAUCGAGACAUCAAGAGCGACAACGUACUGCUGGGAAUGGACGGAUCGGUCAAACUCACCGACUUCGGCUUCUGCGCUCAGAUCACACCGGAGCAGAGCAAGCGCAGCACCAUGGUGGGCACGCCGUACUGGAUGGCGCCAGAGGUGGUCACCAGGAAGGCUUACGGGCCUAAAGUGGACAUUUGGUCUCUGGGCAUCAUGGCCAUCGAGAUGGUGGAGGGAGAGCCCCCCUAUCUCAACGAAAACCCUCUCAGGGCGUUGUAUUUAAUCGCCACCAACGGCACUCCCGAGCUGCAGAGUCCAGAGAAACUCUCCCCUGUCUUCAGAUCCUUCCUGUCGCGAUGCUUGGAGAUGGACGUGGAGAAGCGAGGGUCAGGCCGAGAACUGCUGCAGCAUCCUUUCCUGAAGCUGGCCAAGCCUCUUUCCAGCCUGACUCCUCUCAUCUUGGCUGCCAAGGAGGCCAUGAGGAGCAACCGCUGAGUACAGAAAAAAGACACUUAAAAAAAACCCCAGAGACAGUGUUUUGUUUUGUUUUGUUUUGUUUUUUUUCACCUUUGUGCCUUUUUUACGGUGUUCCAUGACAGGCCAUGUUGUGCUCGACAUGGUUAAAUAAAUACGACCCCCCCCCCCCCACACACACACACACACACACACACACACACAUACACACACAAACACAGAUUCAUGAUACAUACUAUUAGCCUCUACCACCAGCCCUCGUUUAUUUUUGUGGGUUAGUUCAAGAACCAUUUUGUCAAAAUUAAUAUUUUGUGGGUGUGAGCGCCCAUGAAGACAAAGCAUUUUAACUCCUGGAGGCUGCAGUUCAGGCACGCUACGAGCAACCUCCUCCCUCUACUGUGUUGAUGACACCAAUACAGUUGAUCAAGAAGCUAACGCUGUUAGCCAUUGCUAAUUUUACAUGUGAGUGUUAUUAUUAUUAUUUUUUUUUUACUAAAAACAAAAAUGCAAAUUAAAAAUUUAGUUGCAGUUUUAAAUUUUAAAUAAAGUAUGUAUUGUAAUAAUUUUUGGGGAUUUUAAUUAAAAUAUUAAUGAGUUCAUUGAAAUAAAAAAAAUGAUUUAUGCAGCGCUAACCUUUUGACGUUAGCAGCAGGCAGUGUUGCACCCGUAAUUUUUCCAAGAUUUCCAUCUCCAAGAUGUAAAUAUGUCUUAAACUUUUUUAAACCAAAGAGUGCUCCUCUGGUGCUAAAUUAAACUAUUCAAAUAAGCCUUUUUGGGGGGCUUUGGGCGGCUUUUUAUUUUUCACUGUUUUGUUUUUGUAUUGUUUUUCCAAAUCAUACAAUCUAUGCAAAGACAUUCAUACUACCAACAACAAAAAAUUUAUUAUUUUCCUGCUCCAUGUUUAGGAUUUCUUACAAUUUGUCCUUGAGGCCUUGUUGCGUAUGUCCGUGAGAGAGGGAUUAAUUUUGUUUUAUGGAAUGGGCAAUAAUGUUUGAUUUUUUUUUUGCCCUUUAUUUGUGUAACUAACAAAAGAAAUGUACUUUUCCCCGAAUAUGGAUUGAUGACAGUAUUUCCCAUUGUUUUGAUUGAAAUCGAUUCCCCAAAGUACCUCAUCUCCCUGUCAGUUAAAAUAAUCAGUGGGAAGCUUUUAACCUGUAUUUUAAAAUGUUCUCUUCUUGUAAUACAGAAAGGUGACACGCAGUUUUUAUGUGGGCGCAGUCCAAAGUAGACUGAUGGAGGAUUUUUUUUUUUUAAUAAUUUAAAACAAAUUUUGUCUUGCAACAAGUGACUAGAGUAGAAUAAAACAGUUGGUAAAUUAUUUGUAAAUGUUGCGUGGACUCUUGUUAUUGACAUUCUGCAGUUAUUUCUUUCACACUGCAACUUUUCUGUUGGGGUGUUGAGGUUUCGGGCAUCAGACCCACCCCGCUGCUCCAGAACUGCACUACAGUUUGUGCACCUCUUUCACUAUGGAUAUCUUUGCGUGCAUAUUUGAGUCAUAUGUGAUGUGCAGCAGAAAAUAUGCAACAAGUAGCCUGUGUAAAUGGAAACAUUUUUUUUUUAAUUAUUUAAAACUCCCUCUUCAACACUUUUACCACUGACCCAUUACAAAAUACCCGUGCAAUAUGUACAUUUUUACAUUUUCAAGAUUUCCACCAUUUACCAUGAUUUCACAUUUUAAAAAAAAUCAUUUCAGUAGAGUUAAUUUGACCCGGAAAAGCCUUAGCAUACGUAAAGUUUGCA